AAUUAAAUAAAUGUUCACAGGCACUAUCUCAGUAAUAUAUGGUCCAAUGGUAAUAUAUUUUAGUAAUGUAGUUUUCUGGAAAAACAAGUGAACUAAUGAGGUUAGUUAAGAGAUUUACAAUUUCAGAGAGAAAAUGUGUAGUCUUAAAUUACGCUAAUGAUAACAGAUACUCAGAUGAUUAGUGCAUUUCUAGUCAUGACAAGUAAGAAUCUAGUUCUAAUUUUAGAUAAUAUUUGAAAGCCAUAAAAGUGACCAAACUUUUUGAUGCUUUUGAGAAAUGCAAGGAUUACGAUGUCGUAGCUAUUGAUGAAGGCCAAUUCUUUUGCGAUGUAACUUAUUAUACAAUAUGCUUUUUAGAUUGUUGAAUUUAGUGAAGCCAUGGCUAAUUUGGGAAAAAUAGUAAUAGUUGCAGCUCUUGAUGGCACAUUCGACAGAAAACCUUUUCGUAACAUUCUGAGUUUGAUCCCACUGGCUGAACGUAUCACCAAAUUAACAGCAGUCUGUUGGUUUUGUAAGAAAGAGAAUGCCUCAUUCACUAAAAGAACAGUUUAAUCUUAAGAAAGUAUAAAAAUAUAAAUAUAAUUUAGUUGAAUUAAUCGGAGGAGAAGAUUGUUAUAAGCCAGCAUGUAGAGCAUGUUUCAAUUUGACAGAAAAUAAAUUCAACAAACAUACACUACCAUAAAUCCCCAUCCUCUCAAAUGAUGAAAGACUAUUUGGUCAAUAAAAUUUGAUUUGCUGAGACACUAUAAUUAAUUAAUAUAUUAUAAAU